CUGUGAUAUCAGUCAUAUCCAUGAGGUCAUAUCAAUUAUUAUUACUUGCGGAGAUCAAACUACGUAAUAAUUGUAGUAAUAUCAUUUAUACAUAUCAUCACAAAUCCACGUGUUGAUUCAGCAAGAUUACCCAUUGGCCGAUAUCGGCUUGCGGCUUCAGUCUAGUUCUUGAUAAGAUUCUAAUAGUUUGUUCUAAUAACCAAAUUUUACAUUCAAAAUGGAAGAUUUGGCAGUAGAAUUAUACAAAAUAAAUGCUAUUAAAUUUGGUGAUUAUAAAACAAAAGUGGGCAUUUACACCCCAAUAUAUUUCGAUUUGAGAGUUAUAAUCAGUUUUCCUAGACUGAUGGAAACAUUGGCUGAUCUUAUGUUGAAAAAAAUUAAUGUUUCUAAGCACAGCCUAGUGUGUGGUGUGCCUUACACAGCUUUACCUAUAGCUACAAUUUUAUCCACGAAAACUAAUACUCCCAUGGUUAUGAGGAGAAAAGAAGCGAAAUCUUAUGGAACCAAAAAGUUGAUCGAAGGAGUGUUUUCACAAGGGGAAAAUUGUCUCAUUGUCGAAGAUGUUGUUACUUCUGGAAGUAGUAUAAUGGAAACUGUAAAAGAUCUGAGGGAUUCUAAAAUAGUGUGCAGUGAGGCUAUUGUUCUUCUUGAUAGAGAACAAGGGGGUAAAUCCUUUCUUAAUGAGAAUGGAAUUAAAAUGCAUUCGUUAUUGACAAUGAGUGAAUUAAUGAAUAUUUUAUCUGAAAGAGGCCUAAUUAGUGAAGAAAUCAAGUCCAAAGUGGAAAGAUACAUUGCAGAUAAUAAAGUCAAUUCUCAAUCUGUAUUUCCUUUAAAAAAUAAUAGACUAAAAAUGUCAUUCUCAAAAAGAAUUCAACAUGCCAAAAAUAAUACUGCAAAAAGACUGAUGGAAAUUAUGAUUGAAAAGGAAACAAAUUUAUGUGUUGCUGCAGAUUUUACUGAUGCAACAGAUAUCCUGAAUUUAGCAGAGGAAAUUGGACCUUUUAUAUGCUGUCUGAAAACACACAUAGAUAUAGUGAAAGAUUUUCACCCAAAUUUCAUUAAAUAUUUAAAAACAAUAGCAGAAACGCAUAACUUCCUGCUUAUGGAAGAUAGAAAAUUUGCAGAUAUUGGAAAAACUGUACAAUUACAAUUUAAUGAAGGAGUCUUUGAAAUAAGUAGUUGGGCUCACUUUGUUACAGCACAUUCUUUAUUUGGAGAAAGUAUUUUAGAUGCUCUUAAAGAUCCAACAUCAAAUACAGGAGUAUUCCUCUUGGCAGAAGCUAGUUCCCGUGGAUGCUUAUUUGAUGAGAAAUACACACAGGAAACUGUGAAUCUGGCUUUGAAAUGCAAAAGUCAGAUUGCUGGAAUUGUAUGCCAAAGUCCGUUGUUUAUAGAACACCCUGGUUUUCUCCAACUAACACCUGGAGUGCAAUUAGAUGCAUCUGGAGAUGAGUUGGGGCAACAAUACAACUCUCCAGAAACUGUGGUUAUUUCUAAAGGAGGUGAUGUAGCAGUAGUAGGAAGAGGAAUAACCAAAAGUUCAAAUAAAAGAAAAGAAGCAAAAAAAUAUAGAGAUUUGCUGUGGGCAGCAUAUUUGAAAAGAAUCGAAUGAUGGUUAUAUAGGUGUAUCACUCUCAUUACUAUAUACAUUCCAUUACAGAUUGAAUAUUUUAUAUUGUUAAAAUAACUAGAAUUUUUAUUUUAUGUAGAUCAAAAAUAUAUAUUGUCUGUUA